CCGAGGAGGGGGGCGGGGCGGCGGGUCUCUGUGGCAGUGGGUGCUGGAAGCUGUGGCGGCCCUGGAACUGCUUCAUCGCCGCGUUUGAACCGGCUCCUCAGCCGGCCUGGAGACACUCCGCCCAGCCUUCCCCGGGUGCUCAGUCCUCCCUGGCCCCCUCCCGGCGGGACCCCCCACCUCUCCACCCCUCCCGCCGUGAGGGGGCGGCCCCCACCCAGUCAGCCAGCGCUCGGCCCCGGGCUCGCGUUGGGGCGGCGGCCUCCCGGGGAGGGAAGGAAGCCGGCGCGGGCCUGAGAGGAGGUGGCGACAUCGGUGGUGGGCCAGGCUGGGUCGGCCGGGCCGCGCCUCGGGGCUCUCCUGAGGAGGAGCAGGAUGGAGGAGUGUUUUUACCAGGAAGAUCAGUGAUGGAAGGUGAACAGGACGGAGAGUUCCUUUUGAGAGGGUGAAUCAGUACCUUACUUUCACCCUCCCUCUUCAACAACCACCCCCUCAGGGGAUCAUCUCUCAGAGAUUGGAAGCUGGAACCUGUGGUCUUGUGUCAGUGUGGCUGCAUGUUUAGUAUGCAGAUCCUGCCUCUUCACUAAUGAGAGGGAGAAUGGGGACCCAGGGCAGCCCUGUGAAGAGCUAUGAUUAUCUGCUCAAAUUCCUGCUGGUAGGAGACAGUGAUGUUGGAAAGGGAGAAAUCCUGGAGAGCCUUCAAGAUGGAGCAUCUGAAUCCCCCUACGCCUACAGCAAUGGGAUAGACUAUAAAACAACUACAAUUUUACUGGAUGGCAGACGGGUCAAGCUGGAACUUUGGGAUACAUCUGGUCAGGGGAGGUUUUGCACCAUUUUCAGAUCCUACUCCAGGGGUGCUCAGGGAAUUCUUUUAGUGUAUGAUAUCACAAACCGCUGGUCCUUUGAUGGCAUAGAUCGAUGGAUAAAGGAAAUCGAUGAGCACGCUCCUGGCGUUCCCCGAAUUCUGGUGGGAAAUAGGCUCCACUUGGCCUUCAAGCGGCAGGUGCCAACAGAGCAAGCCCGCUCCUAUGCCGAAAAAAACUGCAUGACUUUCUUUGAGGUCAGCCCCCUGUGCAACUUCAAUGUGAUUGAAUCCUUCACAGAACUGUCCCGCAUUGUUCUCAUGCGACAUGGCAUGGAGAAGAUCUGGAGGCCCAACAGAGUGUUCAGUUUACAGGACCUCUGCUGUCGAGCAAUUGUCUCCUGUACCCCAGUCCAUCUUAUUGACAAGCUUCCACUGCCUGUCACCAUCAAAAGUCACCUGAAAUCCUUCUCUAUGGCCAAUGGAAUGAAUGCGGUGAUGAUGCAUGGACGCUCGUAUUCUCUGGCUAGCAGCGGGGGUGGGAGCAGCAGCAAAGGCAAUAGCCUGAAGAGGUCUAAAUCCAUCCGUCCUCCACAGAGCCCCCCACAGAACUGCUCACGAAGCAACUGCAAGAUCUCUUAGCAAAAUGAAGAACUCAGUGAGCGUAAAGACACCCACACCCACCCACCCAUGUACAAAUGUUUGCACAUUCAACUCUCUUAAAAGAAAAAAGAAAAAAAUGGAGCCCACUGUUAUUCCUUGGUUACUCUCUUGCCAGGGUAUUUCACUUAGGGAAUGUUCUUGAUGGUGUGCUUGGAGUCUUGGGUUGGCUGGAUCCCAUGUCAUUGGCAGGGAACACUUGGACCCUACACCCUACCCAGAAAACUUUGGGAUUUCCUCUUCACUUAGACAAAGAGGGGGUGGGAAAAAAAAAUAUGAUUGCUGGGAGGGAAAACAAUUUAGCUAGUCUCGAAAGGAACGGAUUAGUGGAGACUAGAGAGGUAUAGGGUGUGGUGAGGGGAAGCUGUGCUCCCACAUGAACCCAUAAACUCAUAAAUGAAUUGCCGGUGCUAUAGAGGUCCUUGAUUCAAAAUAUGAAAAACAAGACUGAAAAGGUUUGGGGGAUGGCAAAUUUGCGGUGGAUAGUACUGCUAUUGCCAAAAAAAAAAGGCUCUUGGGGAGCUGGCUGUUAAGGAUUUUAAAGGAAGCUUUGCCUGCCCUUUUCACUUAUUUAUAUAGAAGUAUAUAUAAUAUCUCACUUUUUUGGGUAAAUUUUUAAAAAAGCAGUCAGGGAAACCUUUAUGCAGCCAUGUGAUAAAAGCAUUGCACUCAUUAGUAGUGCAUCUGCUAAGGGGAAAUGAAAACACUUUAAGGAAAGCUAUGAACUGAUACAGGUGUUUUGCAGUAGCAAGUAUUUUUGAUGUUUGAGUACUCUUUCCACAAAGAUAAUAAGGAAUUUACUGUUAAAGCUUGAAAUGUUCUUUCUUUGAAUACACUUCACCCCAAUGGGAAAACAGGAAGAAUGUUAUGGAUUAAAUGAAGACACCAGUAGGAAGAGGGAGGAAUGCUGACCGGGAGUUGGCUUGGCUUUGCACAUUCUCUGCCUGCUUUUUGGUAGCUGUGCUGAACACACCUGGACCAACUUGCUCCUGUGGGUCUCCUCACCUCUGUCAUACAGUAUUGGGUAAUGUGGGCAUUGCAAGAGAGUAAAAGCACAGUCACUUGAAGCUGGGAGGUGUGCAGUUAGAGAAGCACAGGGCUUGCUUCUGGAGUCAAUUUGGAUUUCAUCUGCUUACAACUUCCCUAUUCCAUUGGCUCUGCUCUGUCCUCUCAGUUUUCACCUGUCAUACAUCACUUCCUGCUUCUGAAGGCAUGAGAGCUUUAGCAGGCCUCCAAACUGAAAGGUUUCACAGUGAGAAAAAAUCUGGAGGUUAUUCCAGUGUAUUAUUAUUUUAACACUUUCUUCAUAUACUCCCAUGACCCAGUAUGUUCUUUAGCUAGGGAAAAUGUGCUGCUCCAAACUGGCCGUGGAAAUCAUUCUCUCUUUAAAUGCAAUGCUGUCCUCACAUUUGUUGCUUAAUAGAUGAAAUUUGUGCCAGCAUUUACCAGAACGAAAAGACCCUAAAGCUAUUCACAAAUUGUUAAAUACUUGAUUAAGGGAAACCCAAGAGUAGUAGAGCUACUUUUAUCCUUGGUCUUUUGCAGAGAUAGCGAAUCCAUGAUUCUGGACUCUUGGACUCCAUCUGACAUAGAGAAGUAGACACUGUCCAUCUUCAUGACUGUAAAUGUGCUUGCCACACAUUCUUCUUUGUAAAUUAUGCAUAAGAUUGACUUGACUUUCCCAACAGCCUCAGCAUACUAACCUAAUAUUUUUAUCACUCCUUUUCCUUAAAAAACAUGCUUUUCUUUGCUGCCAGUCAGAAAAUAGAAUAAGCAUAACAGCCCUCUGAAACUGUCCUAAGUCAGUGAGAGUGUAGUAGUAUUGAAGUCUACACAAAGCCCUGGAUGCUGGUUUACAGACACUGUGAACCAUGAGCACCCAUUUUCAACACUUAAUAGAUUUGUCAUCAACUCAUUAGAUUCUGUGAGGUGAAUUUGGGAGAUAAAUAUUAUCUUUUAACAUCCCCAAAGUAGUUUCUUUUGUUUGGUCCAUGAGGACCACUGAAGAUGCUUUCUAAGAGCUAAACGUGUGUCUCAGUCACCAAAAGACUGGUGAUAAAAAUCCCAUGCUAUUGUAUUUUGACACUCGCUGCCCUCAGCUUGUGAUUGAUUCUUGUACUCCUCCCACUGCUCAAGCCUUUCCCACUGAGUUCUGUCUCACCCACAUCUGUGCCUGGGAGGUGUGUUGGGCGUGAGUCACAUCGGUGCUGUAUUCUACCUCUUCCCAACUCGGUGUUGGUGUGGCCACAAAUAGCAGCUGCUCCUACCUUUCCAAGAGCGGAGACUGCCCUCAGCAACCAUGGACAGCCGGUGGUAGCUGGCCAGGAACAUCCUUCAGUGUAUUUAGUUGCAUCUUCAUCUCUCCCUUUCUCCAAAGACUUCAUAACAAAUCCCAAACAGGAAUUUCCCAAAUCAAGUCCCACUGCUUUUUAGAAACCCAUGCAAUUCACGAGCAGAGUAAAAUAUGCUUAGCAUUUAUGGGCAAAUGGUCUCUUACUGGGCCUUCCCAGGAGAUGAAGGCUGCCAGUAUUUAAGACACCCACAGCCACCAACUCAUCAAAUCCAGUGGAGCAGAAGACAAUCAUCAUCUUCAAAACUGAAUGUUGAGGGGAAACACGGGCUAAUGAAUGAAUUGGAAUAGCCAUGGGAGUUAUUGUUUUUGGACUUGGGGAGACUUUUCUGGAACAGAUUCUCUCACUGCCUCUUGGGGAAUUCUGAGUCAUUGUCAUCCUAUGAUUUUGGGGAACACCCAUCCACUAACUGAUUUGCAGUUUGAUAUGUGGGGAUAGGGAUUGGGUUUCUUGCCUUUAUAGCAGCAGAGGGAAAUGAGAUGGUAGUUUAGGCUCAUUAUAACCUCUUUCUCCCAUUUCUGACCUCCCUAGCUUUUCUAUGCUAAAAGUCAAACCUGGAAGAUCCUACAGACACCUAGCCAAAAUGGGAUCUAUUUUCUUUGGAAGUUUCAGACAAAACAAUUGACUUGGGGAUUGGGAGUGGGGUUGGCAUGGGGAGGAAGGGGUUGAAGAAUUGAAUGAUUUUGGCAUUUAUGAUAUCAACACUAUUCUUAGCUGCUGUUUUGACACUUGUACCAUUCCUGUGUUCUAUUUGACUUUUUAUUUCUUUGUACAGUAAAUGUAAUUCAGCUGUGAUAUACAUGUUUUGUUUUAUAUAAAUUAAAGUCUCCUUGUUUUUAAACAA